UGAAUAAAUCCCUUCACUUCCUUUUUCCUGCUCAAUUUUUACUCCCCAUCGCACCCUUUUUUGCCCAACUAGGGUUUUCUUUUCUUCUCCACUGCCACAUUUCUUUCCCCUUCCACUGUAAAGCAAACCCCCUUUUUCUUCCUUUUCUUUGUACAGUUAUUGUUUGUGGCAAUGAUGAUGAAGAAGCUCUGUUUGCUCAAUUGCUUUGGUUUCUGUUCUCUUUUGCUUGCUGUUCUUGUUUCCUCCAAGUACCAUGGAAACCCAGCUAAAGAUCUCGUCGACAUCAUCAACAGAAACCGAACCGCUGCAAAGCUCUCUCGCCUAAGCGACAGUGCAGGUCUCGGGUGCAUAGCGUUACAAUUCGCCAACUUCUGCAAAGGAAACUGCACAAGCAACAACACAGUCAAUUGCAAUCCAUCCUCAGACAACUUCACAGAAGUCUUCGCUCCAGAUUGCGGUGUUGAGCUGCCAACUUUCGACACGAUAACCGGUCACAUUGUAGCAUGUCAACCCGACUAUCUCGAGCCAACAGAGGCCUUCUCUCAAGCGCUCAUUCCCGACAAGAAAACGCUAUCCCUAUUGUGGAACAAAUCUCAUACAGAGGUAGGGGUAGGAAUGGUUGGGGUCCAUAAAGGGCCGUUCUUGUGGUGUGUUUUGUUCAGUAGUGGGAAGACAAAUUCAACAUUUGUUCUUGAAAAUCAUGGCUUGGGGAUCAAGCAAAAGAGAGGAUGCUUCAGUGGAAGCAGCGUUGAAUGCAGUAGAGCUCACUCCAAUGGAGCUUUUUGGAACAAUAUUGCCAUUGUUAUGAUCUUUUUUAUCUUCCAAGAUUUGUUCUUUCUCAUUCAUGGUGAUGUAAAAAGUAGGGAUUGAUGACUGAAAAUUUUGUUUCAUAUUGAAAUAUAAGAGUUAAGAGCGGAU